AUGGCACCCUCUGCAAUCAGCGACCUCCUGCCUUCGGGCCCGUUGACUUCCAAGUCCGUGGCUCCGGAGAAGCAGCACCAUGCCCACGGCAUGCAGGACAAAUCUCCCCUGGCAGCCAUCUCGCACGGCGACGUGAUGUUGGCCGGUGUGCCUACGUUCGAUGACAUGGCCAAGAAGCGCCAGUGGCAGCUGGAACACAUGGCCGCAGUGUUCCGCCACUGGGCUCGCGAGGGAUAUGUCGAGGGCAUCUCGGGUCAUAUCAGUGUCCGAGAUCCUGAGGAUCAUGAUGUGUUCUGGACGAACCCUCUCGGCGUCCACUUCGGUCUCUUGAAAGCAAGCGACAUGAUCGCCGUCAAUCUUGAAGGCAAAGUCGUCGGAGGCAACCGUACCCGUCCGCCCAACGCCGCCGGCUUCUUGAUCCACAGCGAAUGCCACAAGGCCAGACCCGACGUGGUGGCCGUCUGCCAUGCCCAUACUGUCUACGGCAAGGCGUGGAGUGUGUUUGGCAGACCCAUUGAAAUGUUGACGCAGGACUCGUGCAAAUUCUACAAAGCCCACUCCGUCUACAACUCCUUCGGUGGCGUCGUGUUUGCCAGCGAGGAAGGCGCCCAAAUCGCCCAAGCGCUAGGCCCGACCAACAAAGCCUGCAUCCUGCGCAACCACGGACUCUUGACUGUCGGCAAAACCGUCGACGAGGCGGCUUUCCUGUUCCUGUCUCUCGAACACGCGUGCCAGGGCCAGUUGCUUGCCGAGGCGGCUGCACAGGGCGGCAAGAUCGAGAAGGUGCUCAUUUCGGACGAAGAGGCGGACUAUACCAACCGCAUGGAGAGUGAUUCGGAGACCUGCUAUGCCGAAUUCCAGGCUUAUUAUGACUGGGAGGAGUAUCAUAGCAAAGGGGAUUUCAAGAACUAA